AUGCAGAGAACUAGAGAAGCUGCAACUAGGUUUUCUACCCCGUUCCUUAUUUCUCCUUUUGGAAGACGCUCUUUAUUGAUGCUUCCUCUUUCUCUGCUUAAGACUGCACAGGGCCACCCAAUGUUGGUGGAACUGAAAAAUGGGGAGACUUACAAUGGACAUUUGGUCAAUUGCGACACUUGGAUGAAUAUCCAUCUCCGUGAAGUCAUAUGUACAUCUAAGGAUAGAGAUAGGUUUUGGAGAAUGCCCGAAUGCUAUAUACGUGGAAAUACUAUUAAAUAUCUUCGAGUUCCUGAUGAGGUGAUUGAUAAAGUUCAGGAAGAAACCAAGAGCCGCACAGAUCAGAAGCCACCUGGAGUGGGGUAUGGAAGAGGACGUAAAAAGAGGGCAGUGACUAUAGUGGAAGAACUCUGA